AGCGAUAGUCAGCAGCACACUGUGGUGGCAGAUCAACGGGGCGGUGCGCAUAGCGGGAUAAAGCUACACUGUAUUUCAUCCCAAAAAAAAGAAGGAGAAAAGAGGGGGCGCAUCCCAACCGUUUUCUAGACUUACAACAACUUCGCCGGCCCCCUGUGCUGAUUCCUCCAGCUGGAAGCGGCUGCACACGAGGGGUAGAAGAACCGGGAACUUACGGAACUAAACAGGGACGGUGCGCACGAAUCAUCUCUUUAGGUGCAGUGUCAUUUUUUUCUUCUUCGCAAGCGACGUUUCCUCUGAGGAAACUCUCCAAGUGCUGGAAACUUCCCAGCACAGCAUCGAUCGAGGACCUCCCGCCCACUUCUUUACCUCUGAUCCACAGUGCUGGAAGAGGGGGGGAGAGAGAGUUGAGCAGCCGCUGCGGUGGAUGGAGCAACAAAGGCUACAUGGUUAAACUGGAAGAGCUCCUUUGAUGAGAACCCAGCGCUCCCUUUUCCUCUCAUAUUCCCUCAAACACUUCAGCACCUACACGGCGAAGCUGCAGCCGCUUUGGAUCUCAUUUUGAGGGGAACCCAGCCAGGUUCUCCUUAGUGCAAACUCAAAAAAGGGGGGUGAACCGUCGCAGACGUGAAAAUUGAUGCUUUGGCACGGAGGAGCGCAGCGCAGAUCCUCUAGUUUUGCGAAAGUCUCAGCGAGAGAGCUCGACUAGUUUGGGUCCGAAGUGGGAUUUUUGCAGAAGUUGCAUGCGUGGUCUUUGUCGUCUCGAGUGAUCCCUGUCCAUCCACUCUCAGGUUAUCAGACGAGAUCCGGAUAGUUGAGGUGCCAUGGCGCUGUGUGUGGGGAUAGGGGUGCUCCUGUUGGCGCUGCACAUUCAAGCUGGCAAUGGACAGAGUGUACAGAUGGACUCCAGUAAGUCCGGCUUCGUGGGUACACAAGUGGAGCUGCGCUGCAUUUUCAUCAACAGCAACCCGCCGGUGAAGAUCUCUCAAGUCACCUGGCAGAAGCUGCUCAACGGCACCAAGCAGAACGUGGCCAUCGCCAACCCGGCGCUGGGCGUGUCCGUCCUGCCGCCCUUCAAGGAGCGGGUGAGCUUCAAGCAGGCGGCGGUUCGUCAUCGCACGCCAUCGCUGGAGGACACCACCAUCGUGUUCUCCAACCUGCAGCUGUCCGACGAGGCCGCCUACAUCUGCGAGUACACCACGUUUCCCGCAGGCAACCGGGAGAACAUGGUCAACCUCACCGUGUUUGCUCGGCCCAUGACACGUAUGACCUUGACGACUCCGACGAUCGUUGCCAGGGCCCAGAAGCGCAAGAUGACCGUUGCCACUUGCAUAUCGGCCAAUGGGAAGCCACCGAGCGUGAUCAAAUGGGACACCAGGUUGAAAGGCGAAGCCACUUUCCAGGAGACCCGCAACCAAAACGGGACGGUGACGGUACGGAGCAACUACCUGGUGGCGCCGAGCCGCGAGACCCACAAACAGAAGCUCACGUGCAUCGUGACGUACCGCAACGAGAAGAUCGCGGACAGCGUGGUGCUCAAUGUACAAUAUGAACCCGAGGUGAAGAUCGAGGGGUUUGAUGGAAAUUGGUACCUGAACCGUCAGAAUGUUCAGCUGACCUGCAGGGCUGAUGCUAACCCCCCUGUCACGAUCUACCAGUGGAAACUCUUGAAUGGCUCCCUGCCCAGCAAUGUGGAGAUCAGAAACAACACCCUGUUCUUCAAGGGCCCGGUGACCUACGACCUGGCGGGAACGUACGUCUGUGACGCCACCAAUGGCAUCGGGACCCGCACCGGCAUCGUGGACGUCAACAUCACGGAAAUCCCUAACAACCAGCCAAAUGAGGGCGAUGAGAUCCCGCAGGAGCCGCACAAUGCCGGCGCCGCCAUCGGGGGCGCCGUGGGGGGAGUAGCCCUGUUGGGUGUGGCGGCCAUACUGCUCUUCGUAUUCCUGCGCCGCCGCCAGCGCACCUUCAAGGGAGACUACAGCACCAAGAAACACGUGUUCGGAAACGGCUACAGCAAGGCCGGCGGGCUGCCCGCUCACCCGCCGAUCCCCAAGAACCUGCAGUACCCGGACGACUCGGACGACGAGAAGAAGCCCGCCCAGAUCGGCAGCACCGGAGGGUUCGAGGCCGGCGAGCGCGAUUUUGACGCCGAAGCAGAGGACCUGAAGAGGCCCUAUUUCACUGUGGAUGAAGGGGAGAGCCGAGAUUAUGACGAGCGGACUCUGGCCUUCCAGUAUGACCCUGAACCUGAAAUAGCCGACGAUAUGAUCUCUCAAACCGAUGGCUCUGUCAUUUCUAAGAAAGAGUGGUAUGUGUAGUGGCAUGUGAAACAACCAAACCAAACAGCCCUUUGUCCCCCCACCUACCUGCAUCACCUCCACCGCACCCUUUCACCUCCAUCCACGACCCUGACCCUCACAUCUGUCAAAGCUGCACCGUCACCCCUCUUUUGGUCGACCUAGUUAACCCCCCUCCUCCCCCCGACUUCCCCCCAUAUCAGACCCCCAUCCAACUAAUCUCAAUUAGAAAAACCGAGCGUCUAUUUAAAGUGCUAGCAACAUCAACGUCUCAACAUGACAGCAUUGGUAUCCAUUCCAUCAGGCGAGUGGGCAAAGAAUACAAACUAAGGUAUGUAAACGGACUCACCCGACUAGUAGGGAGGUGAUUGGUUGAUCGAUACUGGUGUAUUCUUCUUUUUUGUGUGUUUUUUUCAUGUUAUAAAUGUACUAAAUGUAUAAAAAGAGACAGCAGGUUGAGGUUUUGCUGAGCACAUUUGUGAAAGUCCUACACUGGAUGUACGAUUUGUUGUUGUUUUUUUUUUCCAUUUUGUUACUUUUAUGAUGCCUUUUUUUGUAUGACUUUUUUUUUUUAAAUGAGCAGAGAGUUGAGAGUUAAAUGUGUGACAUUAAUUACAGGUGGAGUUUCUACGUGUUUGUGGCUUUGUGGUCAAAUGUUUUAGACAAAGGAAGACGGAAAGAAAGAAAAAAAACACAGACCUGUGUCAUUUCUCCUGUUUCUCAGUGGGGGUGGAGCAUACAAGGAAUUACUCGUUUUCAUAUAUUUGCAGCAUUAAAAGCAGAUGUGUUAUUGCUGUUUUCCAAAGACAUGCUCAUGUGUUUGAUUUGUAUCUUUACUGAGAGGGAGUCGGUCUACUGAGCGGUGUGGACAUGGCAGUAACAGAUAAAUAUCCAGUGUUUUCAUGUUGUUGUUUUUUUUUUUUAAACUAAAUUUCACACAUGCCCUUAUCGGUGAAGCAAAAUAGGGUGGCAGAGAAGGGCUGCAAUUUUAGCACACACAGUAAUUUCUACUUUUCAGUGGUACAUCGCAAUCAUGUCCAGAAAACAUUUGGUCACAGGGAAACGUCUAAUAAUGCUCUGAAAUGUCGUGAUUGUCACUUGAACAGGUCGACCUGUGUACGCAAAAUCUUACCACUAUAAUGAAAUGUCUGUUAUUUCUGUUGAGCUGUCAUAUUGUCAUGUUUGUUUCUUCUUCUUUUUUUUUUCUUUCUAUCAAGUGUCUGAGGAAUUUCCCAAUAAUGACUGUGUCUCUCCUUUUGUAAUUGUGACUGUGUUGCUGAAGAAUUGGCUUACAUCAACAGCAUUUUCUCUGAGGAGUCAUCCAUGGACACAAAGGACACAGAUAGAAAAAUGUCAAGCGAUGCUUUUUAUUUACAUGUACAGAGAAAAAUCGUUUUAACAUGUAAAGGGAAUUGAAAAAAAAGAGAUUAUGGUGGCAAUGCUGGAGUAUAAUAAGUCACCUGCUGCUUUCAUGAUGUUUUUGUUCUUUUUUUUCCUUUCUAAAAUGAUUUUCCAUUCGUUUUUUUCUUUUUGUUGGGUGAUUUUAAAGUAACAGUUGUCCUUUUCUUUAAUGUUGGCAUCUGAAUCUGCUCGCGGGGAUAAAAAAUGACCCUGUCCGCAGGCGUUUUAUAAAUAUAUAUAUAUAUAUCUGUUUUUAAAAUUGCUGUUAACAAGUGCCAGUGGAUGCUAGCAUAGCAAAUGACUUGUUUCUGUCCUCAGCACUGAGGUCCAUUACACAAUCACCGAAAUGCAUUUGCUUCAAACAGAAAAAGAUUUUUAAAAAAGAGCUCAAUGUGAAAAAUCGGAUAUACCAGAAGCAUUGGAGUAAAUCUGUGGAUGUAAACGACAUAUCUGACUGGCUCUGAACAAUAUAAAUACUGUAUUAAGCCUUAUUUUAUGCAUGUUCUUUGUGUGGGAGUGGAAGUGCACAUGUUGCUCUUUUUUCUAUCAAUUCCAGUGUGUUUGUCCUCAUUUCCAGCUCAAAAGAUGGCACUUUGUGAGUGUCGUCAGUAUUGACAGAGGUAUGAGUCUGUGGGUGCACAGUACCCAGUAACAAUAUUGCAGUUAACACACAAAAAGGUAUAUAAAUAUACAUAUAUAUAUAUAUACAUAUAUAUAUUAAUAAAGAUGAAAAAAAUGACAUCUCGGUGAGAGCAGAUCUCUCUGCCGGCUCGAGAUGUGAAUGUUUUACAGUCCAUGCUUGUCUACUGUAUGUUUUUAGAUGAGCAUGUUAAUCAUGAGCCUCAAACUAUAUUGUAUUUUCAAUGCAAAUUAACAUCAUAAAAGUGGGAAAUAUCACAUUAAAAAUCUCAGUUUAGUUCGGUUUCCUAUUGAUUUCAGUGUAGACGGUUUCAUUUUCGACAGCCUUCUUUCUGUUUUCGUUGCAUGUAUCCACCACGGAGUGAUACAUGAGGUUCGCCUCCGAAGGUUUCAGAGGGAGAAAGCUAAAACGACAGUAGCGCGGUUGCUGCUUUUAGCGCCGCAAAAGCAACUUGCGAUUUUGUAGUUUCUUGUUCGCCUGCAGAUGAAUGGCUUUGCAGUAACUUCUCAGUUUUUAUAUCGUCACAUCGAACAUAUGGAAAGCACGUUGCUACUUUUUGUUCUCGCAUUCAGUGCCUAUCAAACUCUAGGAGACAUGACGUAGUCUGAACUAGACGCUGCUCCAUCGUUUUCAUGCCCAGAAUAUCACAAUGAAUAGUGGUGAACCAUAACAUGGGCUGCAAACAUCUAUCAGAUAAAUGAUGGUUGUUUACUUGUGGUGAAUUUGAGUUAGUGCAGUGGGGAUGUUAAUCGCCCCCAGCAAUAUAUCUGUACUUGAUCUAUAAAUCAAUUGAUCUCUUAGAAGCUGCAUUUUGAGGUUAGCUAGCUAAAUGGCGAUACAGCACUUAAUCCCACCUAGCAGAGCAUCGCCCUAAAGAGAUCUAACUUUUGCAGCUUAGUUGCUGAUUUUUUUCUAAGCACAACUAUUGAAAUCCAGAGGAAAGUAUAUUAUGCUUGUACAUUUAAAUUAAUCGAGAUUACCCCCUUUCAAAGCACAACUUCAAGGCUUCAUCUGACAUUGUUCUGCAUCCAUUAUGGAACCACUGCCACAUUUGCUUCUCAGACAUGUGGGAGAGAGAAAAACCUUUCAGUUUCGAGUCGCCAUCCUGUACACCAGUAGAUGUAAACAUUAUCUUCAUGUCGUUGGGGUGUUAUGAGUUUCUAUUUUGUAAUACUGACUGUAACUUCAUUCCAUCCUAAUCUACUUUUUUGUAUUCAGUAUGUUCAACAUUCCACUGUAAAUACUGUACAUAAGGUUGAGAUUAUAGUGAGGGUUAAUUUAGGGACAACUGUGUAGGGACCCUGUUCUGUAAAAUAUACCUAUUUUGACUGCAAACAUGGAGACUCGAUGAUGGAUAGAUGAAGUUGAUGCAUAGCUUAUUUCCAAAGUCCCACCUAAAAAUGCUCCUCUAGUACAUUUUUAAUAUGCCGGUAGUGGCUUCACUGUCAUAACAAGGAGGGUGACGCAUACAGUUUGUCAAUUUAUUGUCGAGUUAUUUGAAAGAAACUCAAAAGAGAGAACUUGUCUGUAUGCAGCCAUGUGAAUGUAUAUUUCUGAGGGUGUUACAAAUACGAAAAAAAGAAAAAAAUCUCUUGUUCAAUUGUGAUGACCCAGUGAAGUAACUUGUAUUUGUUUUAAGCAUUAAAUGAGUUCAGUAGUCAACAAGCGUUCUGUCCCAGUUCACUGAUUGGAUAGAUGUGUGUUAUCGGAUUGAAUAUGGUUCAUGUCUGCAUUCCUUAUCACUCUGUGUUGAUUUUGUAAAUGCAGCUUUUUUCCCCCCUCCAAGCAGCUUUUAUCAGUGAUGUAUGUCUGUCGCCUCAUACAAGUGCUUAUUUGGCUUUACUUUUCAUUAAUUACUAUGUUGUGAGCCUUAAGUGUAAGACAUGAAAAUAAAUAAUAUUGCAAAAAAAUUAAAAAAUAUCUGAUUUAACAAACAUAACGUAGAAAUCCAGAUUAUAUAGUUCUGCUACCAGAACAAAAUUCUUUUUGGUCAGCCCUCUCCGGAGCGUGUGCAGGCAUCCAGCCAUUAGCAGAUCCACAGUUUUACAUCGCAGCAUCCAGUAAUCAGAAGCGAAAAGACUACAGAGACAGCAGCAGGACGAUUCCCUUUGGAUGUAGCCGCAGUUGCCUCCAUUGUUUGCUCCGGUUUUUGAACCUGAGCAUGACACGAAUCUAACGCUAAAAAUGAAUCAAACAAUAUUCGGUAAUGUCUGACAAUAUUUUACCUUUUUUUUUUGGUGUCAAUCCAGCUUCCACCACUGAGAAAAAGUUGAAAAGGGUCACGGUUUAGUACAGAUCAUUUCAUGUGAGGCUAAAAUGAGAGAGAUAAAAGGAUACAUACAGUAUAUAACAAAAGUCUUUGAUGGUUAUCACUGUAGCUUUUGGUGUGUUUUUUUCUCUCUUUGCUUUAAUUGGAGAGUAAAAACUGCCAGGCAGAUGCUGAUAUUGAGUUCAGUGCUUAAUGAAGCUACAGUGAUAUGAUGAGAGAGGCCCAGUGUAGAGCCAGACAGAUCUGUCUCAGACUGUGGGACUCAAGUGCAGACAUCUGCACCGUGCACAUUAAGAACAGCCCAGAGUUUGCAGCUGUUGCCAUCCAUUUGCUAAAAGAGCCUUUUGUAGCCCAAGGGGCUUUGAUGGCACAUAGGCUUUUAACAUGCAUGGCCGUCUCGUUUUUUCUCCUCCUAACAGAGCCGCGAGUGGAAUUCUACAACAUUUCCUCUAUCAAAGUACUUUUUUAGGAUGAAAUAUGGCUGGAUUUUUGUUUAAAAAAGAAAGUGUUCCUCAUGGGCCCUAAAUUCAAAAGCGAGUUUGCUAAAGCACCUCGUACGGUAUGUGAUGCCACUCCAUUCAACACAGUGUGAAAUCAGAGAAUACAAAUUAUGCUAUCAGAGUGUUAAAGACUACAAUGCCUAUAGUGAAAAAUGAUCAGACAGUGCCUGCCAUGGUUUAUGUAGAUUAGUGUGUUUUAUUUUUUAUUUUUUGGCUUUAUAAUUUCCUAUUUUAUGGUGCUAAUAAGUUCAGACGAGUAUUGUAUUUGAAGCUGAAUAAGUCUCCAGUACUUCAAUAAUGCAGCCCCAUGAGUUGAUGAGAUUUUUUUUUUCUAAUGAAUCAUUUUGCCUUUCAAUUUUGAGUAUCAUCUUUCAGGAGUCAGUUAGCUAAACUCUGGAUUGGAGUCUUAAAUUUGCAAGAAACUCUGCUAUUGUGAAUUGUCGAGCUGCCAAUAAGCCGAGAAUUGGGGAGAAAUGAUCGAUCCGAAUGACCGGAAGAAAGCACACAUACAGCCAAUAGCAUGAGUCAUUAAACUCCAGUGAUUAAAUGGUUAAUGGACAUACUGUAUGCACAAGCAAUUCAUUGGGCUGGAUACAGGAGGGGAGUUUUCCUCAUCGAUCAGUUAGCGGCUUUUAGCUGCAUUAGUUUGUAGCCUGGAGGCCAGUUUGUAUACAGAACCUGCGUAAGGGGGUAAAAUAUGUGAUUUCUUCAAAUGACUGUGUCUCUGUAGAAUCUAUAUUCAGUGGACUCUGCUGUGUAAGUCGCAUUAUGAAAUGUUCUCCCAUUAAAUAUUGUUAUCAAAAAGACCCAGCAACCUUACCUGUGUCAACCUGUAACAAAAAAAGAAACAAAAAAAAAGAGCAUUGUUCUGUCACCACAGUUUGUUCAAUGCACCCGUUUCUGAUAACUUUUUUAUUUUUGGGGAUAAACAAAUUGUUCAUGGCUUCUAGAGAUCUGUUUAUUUUUGUUUGUUUUGUUUUUUUGCUCUUGUUUUCUACCUGUUUUCAAUGUGUACACUUUGAGGUUACAUUUGGGUUGUCCAUAAUAAUAAAAAAAGAACUGUGUUACCAUAAAGGA